AAUUAAAAAGAGAUUACAACUGAAAGUAGGUCAGUUUCACUCCAUCUGCCAAUAAAGCAUAUAUCUCUCCAGAAAUCCUUGCAUCUGAAAGUACUUCUUCUUCCCAUCUCCCCAUUUUCCAUAAAUUCCUUCUUCAAAAUCUCUCUCUCUCUCUCUCUCUCUCUCUCUCUCUCAAUAAAAACAAAAGAAAACCAAGAACACUGCAUGCUCUCUUUCUCUGACAUAUUCCACUUUUAACACGUUUGGCUUUUUUCUCCCCUUUUAUCGUUCUCUAAUUAAUAGCAGAAAUGUUACCUCACAACUAAUUUAUUUGUUACAAAAAAUAAGAUGCAAAAGUUUUUAAUACGUCAGCCUGUUUUCUUGUUGCUUUUGUAUUUAUUGAAAAAAGAGGAGCCAUGUUUUUGGUGUAUUGAUUGAGCCAGAAAGCGACGGUGCGUGUCUCUGUGUGUGUGUGUGAAUUCCUUCUUCUCUUCUCUUCUCUUCUUCAAACAGAAAUAUGAAUUCCUCCGCAUCUUUUUAGUUCAAAAACACAAUCAAAGAUUCAAUUUUUAUUCGAAAUUCCAGAGUUUAAUCAUGAGGGCCGGAUUGAGCACGAUUCAGCAGACGCUGACGCCGGAGGCGUCGGCCAUCCUGAGCCAGUCCAUCGCGGAGGCGCGCCGCCGCAACCACGGGCAGACGACGCCGCUGCACGUGGCGGCGGCGCUGCUGUCGUCGCCGUCGGGGUACCUCCGGCAGGCCUGCAUCCGGUCCCACCCGAACUCGAGCCACCCGCUGCAGUGCCGCGCGCUGGAGCUCUGCUUCAGCGUGGCCCUCGAGCGCCUCCCCACGGCGCAGAAGGCGGCGGCGGAGCCGCCCAUCUCCAACGCGCUGAUGGCGGCGCUGAAGCGCGCGCAGGCCCACCAGCGGCGGGGGUGCCCCGAGCAGCAGCAGCAGCCCCUCCUCGCCGUGAAGGUCGAGCUCGACCAGCUCAUCGUCUCCAUCCUCGACGACCCCAGCGUCAGCCGCGUCAUGAGGGAGGCCAGCUUCUCCAGCCCCGCCGUCAAAUCCGCCGUCGAGCACUCCUCCGCCGCCGCCUCCCUCAACUACGCGCCGCCCGCCCUGUUUGCUAAUCCGCCCCCGCUAUCCCACAAUCGGAACGCGUAUCUAAACCCCCGCCUGCAGCCGCCGCCGCCGGAGGCGGCCAAGGUGGUGGAGAUCAUGCGGCGGAGCAAGAAAAGGAACCCAAUUCUCGUCGGGGAUUCGGAGCCGGCGGCGGUGGUGAGGGACUUGCUGAGGAAGGUAGAGAGUCAUGAUGAGAUUUUCAAGAGUGUUAGUGUGGUUUCCAUGGAGAAGGGGAUUUCAAUGGAGGAGUUGGGAGGGUUGAUUGAGGGUAGGGUUAGGAGUGGAGGUGUGAUUCUUGAUUUGGGUGAUCUCAGGUGGGUGGUGGAGCAGCAGGCUGCGGCGGAGGCGGUGGCGGAAAUGGCCAAGUUGGUGGCAAGAUUUAGGGGAGAUGGGAGUAAGCUUUGGUUGAUUGGGACUGCAACUUGUGAGACUUAUUUGAGGUGCCAAGUCUAUCAUUCUACCAUGGAGAAUGAUUGGGAUCUUCAACCUUUGCCUAUGGCUUUGAGAUCAACCCCUUUUCCUAGGUUUGGAGGUGAGAGAUUUUUGAGCAUUCCGGUGGAGGGUGUUCCUCCGGUAGGUAGACGCGUAUCUGAGAGCUCCGAUCCAUCGGAACGAGCCCCCUGCUGCCCUCGGUGUUCCGAAAACUACGACAAGGAGGCAGCCAAGCUCAGGACGCUUCACAGCUCAUUCUCCGAAGCUUCACCGGAAGCAUCUCUGCCACUAUGGUUGCAAAAUGCCAAACUCAAUACUAAUCAAUCCAAGCAGAGGAUUCAAGAAUUGCACAAGAAAUGGAGGGAUAUAUGUUUGCAUCUUCAUCCCAACUUCCAUCACAAUAGCCAUCCUUGCAGACCACUUCCACCAACGCUCUCUACGGCGAGCUUGCAUAGCCGGAACCUCCUCACACGGCCGAGAUCCCACCUUCCGUUGCCCGGCCAGCUCAGCACCGAUCAACCCACUCAUAGCCCUCCGGGGAGUCCUGUGAGGACCGAGCUUGUUCUUGGCCGGAAAGGGGCUGUCUGUGAAGAUCAAGCUAGGGACUUAUUGGGGUGCGUCUCGUCCCAACCACGGGCGAAGCUGCUCGACAAAUUUGCUAGCCCUUUGGAUGCUGAUACGUACAAGAAGCUGCUCAAGGGCCUCAUGGAGAGAGCCUGGUGGCAGGCAGAGGCUGCAUCCACGGUGGCCUCGGCCAUCGCGUGUUGCAAAUCAGGCAAUGGGAGGCGUCGAGGCGCUGCCUCGAGAGGGGAUAUAUGGCUGUUGUUCACAGGCCCUGAUAGAGCUGGGAAGAAGAAGAUGGCAUCGGUGAUUGCUGAGCAGAUUUGUGGGUAUACUCCUAUAAUGAUGUGUCUCGGCACGCGUCGCGAUGAUGAAGAGCCGGAGGCCAACUUCCGAGGCAGAACAGCCGUUGAUCGCGUCGCAGAGGUGGUCCGGAGGAAUCCAUUCUCGGUGAUCGUGCUUCAAGACAUCGACGAGGCAGACGCGCUGGUCUUGGGGAGCAUCAAACGGGCCGUUGAGAGGGGCCGGAUCGCUGAUUCCCACGGCCGUGAGGUCGGCCUUGGCAACGCCGUCUUCAUCCUCACCGGUGAUUGGUCAGCAACGAGUGCUGAAGCUUUGAGAGAUGGUAGAUUUGUGGAUGAAAAGAAGCUUGCCGCCGUAGCCGGUGGCGGUUGGCGGUUAGGGCUUGUCGUGAGGGAGAAAACCGGGAAACGCCGUGCUAGUUGGUUGGGGGGUGACGAUGGUGAUGGUAGGCCGUUGAAGCCGCACAGAGAGGCCGCCCCGUGUGGCCUCUCGUUGGACUUGAAUCUCGCGGCCGGAGACGUGGAGGAUGACCGGACGGACGGCUCUCACAACUCGAGCGACCUCACUAUUGAUCACGAGGAGGAGUUGAGCCAAGUUAGCCACCAUUGCUCUGUCACAUCGGUUCCACAAGACCUUCUCAACAAUGUGGACGAGUCCGUCGUGUUCAAGGCCGUCGACUCGGCCUUUGCUCGGACGGAGAUCAAGAAGGCGAUCGCCACGAAGUUCUCGAUGACGGUGGAUGAAAACUUGUCCCUAGAGAUAGAAGAUGAUGUGCUAGACAAGAUCCUAGGAGGCCUAUGGCAUGAUAGGACCAGCUUGCAGGAAUGGAUUGAGAAAGUUCUAGAACCGAGCUUCGACCGGCUCAAGCCCCGCGUGCCGUCGGCCGGCGUGGUCCGGCUCGUGGCCGAAUCGGACUCCGGGAGCCGGGGCCGGGGCAGGAACGGCGGAGAUUGGUUGCCUAGUAGCAUCUUAGUUUGAAACAUGAAUGGAUGAGUGAGAGUGAUGUUGAAUUGUUAAGGGUACAUAAAUGGUAUUUUCUUGUUUCUGUUGGGUUCAUUUGUAAAUAUAUGAAACUUUUGGGGAGGGGUUUUAGAAUUCGUAGACUUGAACCUUAAAAAGUUGUAAACAGAUAAAAGAAACGGAACUUUUUAGAGUGGGAUGCUGACAGGUUAACGAAUCUUCAACCGCUCUCACAUUUAAAUUAGUAUUAAUAUUAGUAUUAUUUUUUAAUUUA